AUGUCAAAAGAAAAAGAAACUACCUCAACCGAAAUUACAAAUGAAGAACCAGAUAAUAAUAACGAUACUAGAUCAAAUGACAAUAAUUCGGAUCAAAAAGAAAUACCAUUUGAUUAUUCAAAGUUUCUUAAGCAAAUAGAUCAUAAAAAUGCAACAAAAAUUGCAAGAAUGGUUAAAAAUUUUGAAUUAGAAUUUGAAAGGCAUCCUAGAACAAUUAAUGAUCAAAUCAAAUUUGUGCGCGAAUUUUUAGACUUUAUAACAGGAAAAAUGCGUGAAUGUGAGUUGUGGAGGAAUGCAUCAGAACAAGAAUUUGAAAACGCAAAAGAAGGAAUAGAAAAAUUAGUGAUGAAUAGAUUACACAAAUUAACUUUUACACCUGCAAUUAAAGGACCACCCGUUACUGAUGAUAUAGAGCGUGAUAAUAUUUUAUAUCAAAAAAUCGAAAUAUUUAGAUGGGUUAGAGAACAACAUUUAGAUAUUCCGAUUACUCCACACAAUGAAGCAUUUUUGGACUUUGCUAAAAAAGAAUUAUUAAAGAUAAAUGAUUAUAAAGCUCCAAGAGAUAAGCUUAUUUGCAUACUUAAUUGUUGUAAAGUUAUAUAUGGUUUAAUAAAACUUGUUGAUGGUGAAGAAGGAGCUGAUAAAUUUUUACCAGUAUUAAUUUUUGUUAUUUUAAAAGCAAAUCCCGAAUAUUUGAUGUCUAAUGUUCAAUUUAGGACUCCAGAAAAAUUACAAUCUGAAGCUGGUUAUUAUUUAUCUAGUUUAAUGAGUGCAAUUUCUUUUAUUGAAAAUAUGGACCUCCAUUCAUUGACCAUAACAAAAGAAGAAUUUGACAAAAAUAUUGAGAUGACAAUGAAGGAGCUUGACAAAGAACGACCAAAACUUGCAGAAAAUACUCGAGAAAUUAAUUACGAAAAUGCCAUACAUCCAUUAUCCAGAUCAAUUGCUCAGAAUAAUAAUAAAGCACCAUAUAAUAAUGCUUCUAUCAACACCACCAAUGCCACUACUAAUUUCACUGCUAAUGCAUCUAAUAACUCCCAACGAUUAUCAACAAAUGAACUAAUGGAAAGGUCAUUAUCAUUAGAAUCCACAUCAUCUCAUGAUUCACGUGAUUAUGCUCAUAUAGAAGAAGAAGUCAACCGAGUUACCAAACGAGAUAUCCAAAAAUCAUUAGAAUCGCUUAAAAACAUGUUCCCCAACAUAGAAUCAGAUUUAUGUAAAGAGGUUUUUUAUGGUAAAGAGUGUAAUAUAAAUGAGGCGAUUGAUAAAUUGCUGGAAAUUGCUAGCCCGUUUUUAACGACUAAGAGUGAGCAUGGGGAAGGGGAUGCGAUUGAUUUUAUUGAUUUGAAUAAACUUUCACUUGAUCCUGAAAAUAAUAUU